AUGGGGCGCGAACCAGGGCAGGGUUUCGAAGGCUGCACCCCGUGCUGUGCGGCCGAGGGAGAGGGAGAGGGAGAGGGAGAGGGAGAGGGAGAGGGAGAGGGGUUUUCGCCCGCGUUUGCUGGCACAAGCAUAUACUACACGGACGAGUCCUCGUCCGCGGUGCUGCACAUCAACCAUGGCCAGCACCUCUUGUACCCGGGACAGCUGGGCAAAGCAACUUGGCAGGGGUUGCGGAUUGUUUGCGUUGGCCCUUGCGAUGCGGGGUUUCAAAAAGAGGACAGACGGCGGUUGGUGGCGGAGAUGAUUGGCCAUUCUGCUGCGGCGAAGAUGAUAUUUGACGAGAUGGCGGUUCAACUGAGAAAGGGUGCGCGUAUCAAAUGCGACCAAGGCGAUGAGGAGGAAGAGAAGAAGCAAGGUGGUGGUGGCGACAGAAAAGAUGAGGAGAAACCAUGGCCAGCUGGACUAUGCAAGGAGCUGCGAGAAAAUGCGAGGCCUAAUUCAUAA